ACAGACCGGAUAAACAAGGUUCAUCAACCAGGUGAACCGUAGAUGCUGCAAGCUUAUGACGUGGCUUUAUCAGAGAGUGCCAUGUCGUGAUAACCCAGAUAACGUACACUGUAGGCGUGUAGCACUGAAUCUGCUCCACUCCUUUAUCAUAUGAACUAAAAGAAGUUUCCAUCUUUCAUCCAUACACCCAAAGAUCUCUCCAAAACCCCAAAUUCCCUCCUCUUCCACAACAGGUCUUCCCUCUGUAAACACCUCCUUCACCUCGUUUUGGAUCCUCUGCACCUGGCCCUACACUACACAUCUCAGAGGAUACGUACGCCUUUCAACGGUUCUGAUUCUCUCAUCUCUGGUCAGUCUCUCUUUCUUUCUCUGUAUAAUUUGAUUCAAUCAUGAUGGAGUUUGGAAAUGAAGUGAUGGAGCUUGAUGAAAUGACCGCUUCUGGCGUCGAAGAAGAUGCAGAAACGAACCCAGAACUGUACGAAGAUUACGAAAGUCACCAUUUUGUACCCUCUAAUCGGGAUUCUCAUCUCGAACCCUUCCAGGGUAUGGAGUUCGAUUCGGAACAAGCAGCUCGCAUUUUCUACAAUUCCUACGCGCGUCGUUUUGGUUUCAGUACUCGGGUCAGUGUCUAUCAGCGGUCCCGUCGAGAUGGCUCCAUCAUUUGCCGUCAGAUUGUGUGUUCGCGGGAGGGGUUUCGCCGUUGCAGUAACGAUAACCCGUCCAAGAGACAGCGAACCAUCACUAGGGUAGGUUGUAAGGCACAAAUGACUGUGAAAAAACAGACUUCUGGAAAAUGGGCUGUGACCAAGCUUGUGAAAGAGCAUAACCACGAGCUUGUGCCACCUGAUAAGGUGCAUUGCCUACGAUCACAUAGGCAUGUUUCUGGUCCUGCUCGAAGCCUGAUUGACACGCUUCAGGCAGCCGGAAUGGGUCCUAGUGGGGUUAUGUCUGUGUUCAUUAAGGAAUCGGGUGGUGUUAGUAAUGUUGGUUUCACAAAAGUUGAUUGCCAGAAUUAUAUGAGUAGUAGUAGGCAGAGGACACUAGGAAGUUGUGGUCAAUUUGUUUUUGAUUAUUUGAAGCAAAUGCAGGCUGGGGAUCCUGGUUUCUUUUUUGCUAUUCAAGGUGGUUUUGAUAACCCAACAGGAAACAUAUUUUGGUCUGAUGCUGAUUCUAUAAUGAAUUAUAGUUACUUUGCAGAUACUGUUACAUUUGAUACAACAUAUAGGACCAAUCGUUAUCGGGUUCCCUUUGCACCAUUUACUGGGUGGAAUCAUCAUGGGCAACCUGUAUUGUUUGGAUGUGCCUUACUACUCAAUGAAUCUGAGUCCUCAUUUGUUUGGCUAUUUGAGACUUGGCUUGCUGCCAUGUCCGGUCGCCAUCCCAUCUCGAUAACAACAGACCAGGAUAGAAUUAUUCGAGCAGCUGUUGCGCAAGUAUUUCCAGGAUCCCGUCACCGAUUUUGUAAAUGGAAUGUAUUUAGGGAAGCUCAGGAGAAGUUGUCUGAUAUAUAUCAGUCGUACCCAGCAUUUGAAGCAGAGUUCCAGAGGUGCAUCAAUGCAACAGAAACUGUUGAUGAGUUUGAAUCUUGUUGGGCGAACCUUCUUCAUAAAUAUGAUAUUGAGAAUAAUGAAUGGCUUCACGCAAUGUACAAUGCUCGCCAGCAAUGGGUUCCAGUUUAUCUCCGGGAUACAUUCUUUGGCGAGAUGUCCAUAACUCAAGGAAGUGAUAGCAUAAACUCAUACUUUGAUGGAUACAUAAAUGCAUCAACUAAUGUUCAGAUGCUGAUUAAGCAGCAUGAAAAAGCCAUUGCUAGUCGGUAUGAAAAGGAAGUAAAGGCAGGUUAUGACACACUAAACAGAGACCCAGUUUUGAAAACUCCGUCUCCAAUGGAAAAACAAGCUGCAAAGCUUUAUUCAAGGACGAUUUUUUUGAAAUUCCAAGAAGAACUAGUUGACACUCUUGCAUAUUCAGCAACAGUAGUUGAUGAUGUGGGAUCUGAAAUUAUGUAUCGGGUGGCAAAGUUUGGGGAGGACCACAAAGCCUGUUAUGUUCGAUUCAAUGCUUUUGAAAAGAAAGCCAGAUGUAGCUGUCGGAUGUUUGAGUUUUCAGGUAUUACUUGUAGGCACAUAUUAGCAGUUUUUAGGGUAACAAAUAUUCUUACACUUCCGUCUCACUACAUCUUGAAACGAUGGACAAGAAAUGCCAAAAGUGGGGUUUUAUUGGAGGAGUGCAGUCUUGGUUUGCCUGAUAAUUCUCAAGAUUCAGCUGCUGCUCGGUGUGAAAAUCUCAGCCAGGAACUUAUUAAAUUUGUUGAAGCAGCAGCAGAAUCAAUACAUGUUUAUAAUGUGGCUAUGGAUGCUCUCCACGAGGCUGGAAGGAAAGUUGCUGCUGCAAAGAAUCAUGGCUCAAGGGUCACACAAAAUGCUCUGAUUGGGGGUAGUAAGCAGCUUCAGGUUUACUCUAUGGAUCAGGACAAGAAAAUUGAGAAACUGACGGGUGAGUUGGAAAUUGCAAGUGAAAUAUGCGAAGCAUAUCGGUUGAAAUUGCAUGGCGUUUUGAAAGACCUGGAGGAACAGAAGUUGAAGGUAUCGGUGAAGGUUCAGAAUGUGCGGGUCAAUCUAAAAGAUAAAAUGGAAGGGUGAUUCACUGGUUCUAUUCUAUGCCCUGCCCCCCCUGUACAUGAUCUUCUUUUAAAUUUUGCAGCACAUAUUAGGAAGGAAGGGGUCUGGUUACUGCCUACUUGCUAGUCUAGUCUUUGCAAUGUACAUAUGGCAGUGAUCGUUGAUCUCAUGUUAUUGUACAAAUACAAUACAAUAGUUGUCUGAAAUGGAAGGUACAGCAUGUCUAAGGAUGCUUAAAUUAA